AAUUUUAGAUAUUAUGUUAAAUUAGUGUUCCUGUUAUGUUGACUGGAUAUGGAUGAUGAUACUAGAGAUCUUAUCACUGCAGUCGGUAGAGGUAAGCUGUCAGACCCUCUCAAAUAUGAAGAGUGGAUCGAUGAUAAAACUAGGAUUCUUAAAGAAUGUGAUCCACAUAUUGAUCUGAUGUUGUUUCCGGAUGACGAUAUCGAGGUUACAACGUAUUCGAAAGAGUUCAGGACAGGAGAUGAUAUGGUACCCGCACAAGCUCUAGAGUAUAACCAAGAGAAUCCCCAUGUACAAGACAAUGUCAAAAUGACAAUACAAGAUUGGAAUGUUGUCAAUAGAAGGUACGAGAAAAGUAGUUCAACGUCGACAUUGUCCGACGAUAAAUCAAGAACAGCCGUCGAUCACAAAUACGAAGUUGAUCUUGCCAAGAGCGUUCUAACGACGGAAGAGCAGGAAGUUAUUCAGGAGAAUGAGAGUAACCGCUCAAGUUUCGCCUCACUCAGUGAAGACACGUUUGACAUGUCGGAGGGCGAUGGCAUGAUUCUGGGCUAUCUGAAGGACUAUACCCUCCCAAAGAUAAAGUACACAGAUUCCAGCAACAAGACUUGCCGAGCUAAAAACAGGCCCUCUACACUCUUCUCUCUCUAUCCUAAUCCUCAAAGUUAUCAUUUGGAUGAAAGAAUAGAGUCAAGAAAGAGACCCCCUGUUCCCUCAGCUCAUGAGAAACCAUUCCGGAUCAUGAUAACUUUCACUAAGCUGGAAAUGACACCUGCUAUCGAACCAUUUUACGCAUCGAUGGCCCUCUACGACGCCAAACUAAAGAAAAAGGUAUCAGAGACGUUGUAUUUUGACUUAAACUCGAACGAAAUGCUCAAGAAAGCAGGUCACCGCCUGAACUUCGAAAACGAAACAAGGGGCUCUUCAGCAAUAUUCUCUAUUACAGAGCCGACCAGCGACAUGUUCGUCGUCAUCAGGUUAGACAAAACGCUACAGAAGGACGAGCUGUCAGAUUCUUUUGAAGCCUACACUAAAGACACUGACAACCAGAGGGUCGCUAAUAAGAAUGCCAGUGUAGCGGAAGAAUUCUGCUCGCGUCUAGGAAAGUACAGGAUGCCGUAUCUUUGGGUAGGUUUCAACUUAGAACGGGCACUACAAGGAAGUGACGGAAUGUUUCUAAACCCAGAUGCACGUAAUGGUGAAAACUCUUUGAAGGAAAAGGACCUGAACAACAGUGGCGGAUCGUGGAAGAGUGAGUCUGAUAAUUACGACAGCGCGUCCCUCAACUCCCUGCCCUUCAGUGCACGGUUUCCAAGCAUGGAGAAAAAAUACGGGAGAAUGGGCUCAGUGUCCGCUCACUCUUCAGCUGAGAGGAUAGACUCCAGUGAGAUAAAAACUAACCUGGCCAACUUCCCGCUAAAGAAGGGGCUGAUACCCAGAAUGUUCAAACAGGAGGUAGAGCAUCUCAAUGACGAGGAUAUCUGCAAAUAUUUGUUCGAGAUCAACAAUAAGAAAAACUCUACGCUCAAGAGACUGAAGAUCGUUCCCGUACACAUGGAACUAGAGAUAGAACCGGCCCCAGUUGGCAACCAGGCAGUGCUAACCCCUGCUCUACGCAAACUCCUUCCCUACUCUGAGAAUAAGCAAGCCGGGGAAACUGAGCGCUGGACAUUCCCAGUAAGGGAGGUAGAGGAGUUCCCAGGGCGCGAUGUGUACAUUCCAUACCACGAUUACAAAAACUUUCUCUACAUUUAUCCGCUGAGUCUGAACUUCAAUAACCGUACUGGAAGCUGCCGCAAUAUAAAGCUAACGAUACAAGUGCUGGAGACGGAGGCAAAGUCAGGUGUCUUGGAGUGCAUUUAUGGAAGGUCUUCUGGAAGAAAAAUGAUAAAUGAGGCAUCAACCGUAGUGCAGUACCAUAACAAGAGCCCAUAUUUCUAUGAGGAAGUGAAGAUAGAAUUACCUCCAUACCUGACAAAGAACCAUCAUCUCCUCUUUAAAUUCUACCACAUCGUGUGUCAGAACCCUAAACAAACGGACAAACAGAAAACUGACAAAGAGCAGCUGAUAGGCGUCACGUGGCUACCAUUACGUAUGAGAGGAGAGGAUAGUCGAAGUAUUAACGAUGAUGUUCUGGCACUCGCUCUUGGGGAACAUCGACUACCUGUGUGUACUGAUCUUCCCAAAAAGGAGGCUUAUUCUUGCAUCUCCCCAAAGCAGGUGAAAUUACCGUCAUUGCAAUGGAUAGAUGACUACAAGGAGCUGUUCCACUUCAAGAUAUCAACUGUCUCCUCUAUUCACUUACAGGAUGAACGACUGAACGAUUUCACCCUGUGUUUCUACAAGUACAACUCCAAGUUGAUUGUGCAAGAUGACCCAGGUGUAGUUGAGAACUCCCUAAAGAAGAGUAUAGACGGAUUACAGAAUGCACAGGAUGUUCCGCUAGUUAGACACCUAUACUUGAUCAUGGACCGUCUGUUCGCUCUCAGUGUUAAACCUACUCUCUCUCCUAAAGGAGGAACGUUAUCUGCUAUCGCAUUUAAAGCAAUAUCUGACAUUGUGAGGAAAGUUCACGAGCUGCACCGGAAGAAGGAAAAACCUCACGGCAGAAACUCAAUACUAGCUAGCUACGUGGCUUACAUAUUCAGGACUCCUCAUGACGAGAUGAACAGGGCGAACUCCCGUGCAGCGUCCUUGUCCCGUAUAAACAACCACUCUUCCGAGAGCGAGCCGUCCUCCGAGGACCUGGAAACACCUAGAAAUAGCCCCACCAAACAGUCACCUCUUGGACAGAGGUGCAAAUCUUUUUCUACAGCUAACGCUCCAUCGUUACAGGAUGAUGCCACAUCUGGGAGAGCUAGAAGCAGCAGCAUCGUGAAGAAAGUUUCAAAACGCCUCCAUGAGCAGUUAGUGAGUCAGUGGAUAAUCUGUGACACGAGGGACCAAUCUUUUGAACACGCCUGGUUCUUCUUUGAAAUAAUCAUCAAGUCUAUGGCUCAACACCUUAGCAAACUACAAUGCAAGGGUAAAUCUAGGAUGUCUUGGUUCCCUAAAGAUUUUAAAGAUGAUCUCAACCGCCUGCUUAAGUUAAUAUCCGGUAAAAUCCUGGGUACGGUAGCUACCAACCCACCCUACGCUCAGUUCGUCAACAAAAGUCUCGCUUAUUUUCUCCAGGACCUCUUCUCUCUCAUGGACCGAGGCUUCGUGUUCGAGCUUGUUAAAAUGUACUGGAUAUGUAUGGAGGACGAGACACCGAACGUUCCUACGGAGGAGUCUGUGGCGGAGUUGAAGCUGAACCUACUGCAAGUUCUGUGUCUGCACGAGCACUACGUGCAACUCAACCUUCCUUACCCUCACUCUCUAUUCAACGAGAAAAACAGCAUCAAACCUCAUCAAUUCAAAGCUAAGCUCAAGUCGACGAAGACUGCACAGAGCCUGACAUCUCUGAAUAAGACGUACUGCGAGAGACACUAUUUAGUUGGACUCCUCUUAUCCAUGGAGGCUCACAUUCUCAACUUCUCUACGAGCCCCACACUGCAACGAGCUGUGAUCCUCUUGACUCGUGAUAUACUGUAUCGCCAUGACAACGAGUCGUCCCUGCAAGACGUGGCCAGAAGAUCACGAGUAGCUUCGCUUUACCUCCCCUUCGUUACCAUAGUGAUGGAUGUAUACGACAAGCUGUGGAAGGAGUUCAAUAAGUCUGGCAGCCGGUCCGCCUCAGUCACAGACCGUAGUUAUGAGGAUGAGGGGAUAGCUCAGUCGCCUAGCAACACAUUACGUGGCAACAAGAAGCAGGGCCAAAUACCGCCCCGUUCUACCAGGACUCUUCUGCUCUGCGUUCUAUCCGUGCUCAAGAAUUGCGACGACGAGCUGCUGAAGAAAUGGUUGAUUUCACUGAAACCGCACAGGAUUAAUACUCUAAUAUCGAUGAUCAAAUUGUGUGUUAGCUGCUUUGAGUAUCACCCGGCUACGGAAAAGAACAAAGUAACGAACCGGUCUGCUGAAAAAGCUGAGGAAGCAAAACUGAAACUAGAGGCUAUGUUUAUGACUGAUAAAGGAAUGAGGGGAAGGCAUCUAAAACAAGCAUCGACAGAUCAGAUGUCAGGGUCUAGAGGGUUUACAAGGAAUUUGCACACUGCAAAAACAAAACCUGCAGAAAGUGAAGGAAUUGAUGAUCAGUCCAGUGAGGAAGAAGCUAGUGAAUCGCUGGUGUGUGCGGAGACGAGUAUCGUUACCCUAGACACUAUCGAACUACUUGUGGAGAGCGGUAGUGUGUCUGAAGGAGGACAUGUCAACCUUUCCUCCCCGCUAGUCUCAAAGAUCCUGGACGUAAUCCUACUCAUGAUGAGCUCCAACCAGUCAAUUUAUGUGAUGCGCCUUGUCUUCGCUACCCAGCGUUCUGUCAUAACUAAGUUCCCGCAUAUCAUAUUUGAAGAAGAGACUGACCAGUGUUCCUCUCUCUGUUACCACUUGUUGAGACACUGUGCAAGUUCUAUCAAGGAAGUCAGGGAGGAAGCUAUCGCCAGCAUCUACCUUCUCAUGAGACAAAACUACGAGAGUGUCGGGAGUUUUUCCCGUGUCAAAAUCCAGUUGACGAUUGCUUUAUCAAGACUACGUAGUGACAGUUCUGACACCAGAAAAUGCAACGAUGCCUAUUUGAAGAGAUCGCUGAUUACUUUGCAGAACUAUGCAGAAAAUGACAAGGAACUUGCGUCAACUCGCUUUCCGGAGCAGGUAAAAGAAGUGUCGAAGAACCUGUUCAUGAUCAUGAGAGAUACUGUCCGUAUGAACGAAGUUAAGCAAGAUAAAGAUUCAGCCAUGAGAAUUGACCUUAUGUACCGCAUAGCGAAGGGGUAUCAGAACUCUCCUGCUUUAAGAAUAACCUGGCUAAAAAGUAUGGCUAAAGAGCACGGCGAGAACGACCAGAAGUGUGAAGCAGCAAUGUGUUACGUACACGCCGCUGCUCUGAUAUCCGAAUACAUGUACAUGGUGGAGCAUCAGCCCAGUCUUCCUCAGGGCUGCAUAGCCUUUAAACAGAUCUCUCCCAAUGUACUGCAAGAGUGUGCUGUUAUGGACGACGUGCUCAAACCUGAUGAGGAUGGCAUGUGCACUGGUGGUGAGUUCUCGGAGAAGGGCAUUACAAAUCUGCUGAGACAAAGCGCAGAUUUGUUGAUGGAGUCCAACAUGUACGAAUCUGUGGACAAAGUGUACAACCUUUUGUCAAAGAUUUACCUGUCCAGGCGAAACAACCAUUACCUGGGUGGCUUGCACAGGAAUCUACACACUGCUUAUGAAAAGAUGUAUCACAUGGGCAAAAAACGUCAAAUGGGAUGCUAUUUCCGUGUAGCGUUCUAUGGCGAAAAGUUUAACGACUUGAACGGUGUGACGAUGAUUUACAAGGAAAAGCCUUUCACCAAGUUGCCGGAGAUUGCACACAGGCUGCAGAAUAUGUAUUACGAGCAGUUCGGUGACGAAUUUGAAUUUAUUUCUGAUUCUAAGAGAAUUGAUCCAGAUACAAUAGACCCGUAUCGAGCUUAUGUGCAAGUAACGUAUGUGGAGCCCUUUUUUGAGGAUUAUGAAAAAAAGUACAGGAAGGAGGAUUUUGAAUAUAGCUAUAACGUGGACAGAUUUUACUACUCUACUCCUUUUACUCAUUCGGGGUCAGCUCACGGAGCAGUUGGGGAACAGUUCAAGCGAGUAACCGUUCUCACGACCGAGUUCUCAUUUCCGUACGUCAAAAACAGACUACAAGUUGUCGACAUCAAGGAGAGAGUGAUGACGCCAAUUGAAGUUGCCACUGAAGACAUGAUGAGGAAGAAUGAGGAAUUUGACGAGGUAUUGAGGACGAAUAGGGACGGCAAGGUGGACGUGAAGAUGUUGCAGAUGAUUAUACAGGGAGCUAUUGGGACUACAGUUAACCAGGGACCAUUCGAGAUAAUUGAAACAUUUCUGGGGGAAGAUGCUCGGAAACCUGAAGUGCAAGAUGACAAGUACCUUCGGUAUCGGAACAGGUUGAAGUUCCAAUGCAAGACAUUCCUCAACAAUAUAAAGGCGGCUUUAAACGAAAACCGGAACAUAAUCGGAACGUUUCAAGAAGACUAUCAGAGGGAGAUGGAAGAAAAUCUAAAGAAAUUCAAGUUGGCAGUCGCACCUUUUAUCUUUAAUUCACAAACUCAGGCCGAGGUCAAGCACAAUCUAAAUAAAUCCUAUGAUCCUGAGAACUCAUUGAGUCGUACUAUGUCAUACGACUACAGCGGACAAUCAUGAAGAGGUAUUUGUACAACUGGAAGCUUGAUAUACCCGAGACACUAUUCAGUGCCGACUGCCGACAAAUUAUGGAAUUUAAGUUUAACUUUUUAAGUACGUGAUUUGAUGUGACUCUAUUUGGUUUUGUAAAAUGAGUGCAAAUUAUUUUACUUAAGUUUGAUUUGUAAUUAUGGUAAUUCACCACUGAUCUAUAUAAUUUUCUUUCAUAUUUCGGAUUUUUGAUUUGAAAACAAAAUGUAGCCGUUUGAGGUCCUCCGACCGUAUAUUAAUAUAUAUUGGUUUUCAAUUUGAAUAAAAUUUCAGAAAGAGAUUCGACUGGAAUUUUAACAUUUCACUCACAUCUGUUAUGAACAUUUUCUCGAUAUUAA